CGGAUUACGAUCCCCCAUUUCACUUGGCUAUCGUCCUCCGCGGCGAGGGGACGGCCAUGUCGUCUGCGCCCCUGACAUCCACGCCUCCCCCUCUCCUUCCCGCCAAAUCCAAACCCAAGAGCCCGCCGCCGCAGCACCCGCUCCUCUCCCACCUCCCGCACUGCACCAGCCUCCGGUCUCUCGCCCAGCUCCACGCCGCCGCCGUCAAGGCCGGCCUCGCCGCGCACCCGGCGUUCGUCACCAGGCUCCUCACGCUCUGCACCGCCCCGGGCGCGCACCCCGCCCACCUCGCCUACGCCCGCCAGGUGUUCGACCGGGUGCCCCACCCGGCCGACGCCGUCUGGUACAACACCCUGCUCCGCGGCUACGCGCGCUCCCCGUCCCCCGCGGCGGUGCGGGUGUUCGUGCGCAUGCUGGAGGAGGGCGUCGCGCCGGACACCUACACGUUCGUGUCGCUGCUCAAGGCGUGCGCCGCGGCGCGCGCGGGGGAGGAAGGGCGACAGGCGCACGCCGUGGCGGUCAAGGUCGGCGCCGCGGGCCACGAGUACGUCCGCCCCACGCUCAUCAACAUGUACGCCGAGUGCGGGGACGGGCGCGCCGCGCGCGCCAUGUUUGACAGGAUGGAUGGGGACUGCGUCGUCUCGUACAACGCGAUGAUCGCCGCGGCCGUGAGGAGCAGCCGGCCCGGGGAGGCCCUGGUGCUGUUCCGCGAGAUGCAGGCCAAGGGUCUCGAGCCCACGUCCGUGUCAGUGAUUAGUGUGCUCUCGGCGUGUGCGUUGCUUGGGGCUCUGGAACUGGGGAGGUGGAUCCAUGAAUAUGUUCAGAAGAUAGGGCUUGAUUCCCUCGUCAAAGUCAGCACUGCGUUGAUAGACAUGUAUGCAAAGUGUGGGAGCUUGGAGGAUGCCAUUGCCGUGUUCCAUGGGAUGGAGUCAAGAGAUAAACAAGCUUGGUCAGUGAUGAUCGUGGCCUACGCUAACCAUGGCUAUGGCAGGGAAGCCAUUUCUCUGUUUGAAGAGAUGAAGAAGCAAGGGAUAAAGCCUGAUGAUAUUACAUUCCUUGGUGUGCUCUAUGCCUGUAGCCACUCUGGUCUGGUGAGUGAAGGGCUUCAGUAUUUCGACGAUAUGAAAGAUCAUGGUAUCAUUCCAGGGAUCAAGCACUAUGGUUGCGUGACAGAUUUGCUAGCUCGAUCAGGGCAGCUGGAGAGAGCUUACAAGUUCAUCGAUGAACUGCCAAUAAAGCCCACCCCAAUCUUAUGGAGGACGUUGCUUUCUGCUUGUGGAGGCCAUGGAGAUGUCGAACUUGGCAAACAUGUCUUUGAGAGGAUUCUUGAGCUGGAUGACUCUCAUGGUGGUGAUUAUGUAAUAUUCUCGAAUUUGUGUGCAAACACUGGAAAAUGGGAAGAGAUGAAUAGGGUAAGGAAACUGAUGAAUGAAAAAGGUGUGGUAAAGGUGCCAGGCUGCAGCUCAAUCGAGAUAGAUAACACAGUUCACGAGUUCUUUGCAGGAGAUGGAAGGCACCCCAAAUCACAAGAAGCAAGGAGAAUGGUUGAUGAAGUGAUUGACCAACUAAAACUGGUUGGUUAUGUCCCUGAUACCUCACAUGUGUUCCAUGUUGAAAUGGAUGAGGAGGAGAAGGCAACAAGCCUGAGAUACCAUAGUGAGAAGCUGGCAAUUGCUUUUGGGCUUCUAAAUACAGCUCCAGGAGCUACACUGCGAGUUGUGAAGAAUCUCCGCGUAUGCCCAGAUUGUCAUUCGAUGGCAAAACUUAUCUCAAUGGUCUUCAAUAGACGAAUUAUACUCAGAGACCUGAACCGCUUCCACCACUUUGAAGAUGGAGUCUGCUCUUGUGGUGACUACUGGUAGAUUUUAGGAACAGAAUUCUUGUACCACAACAUCCUCUUCUGUACAACAGUGUUUUCCACUAAGCUAAAAUCACACAACUAGGCCUGAACUAAUGGAGCUACUGCUAAGGCACAUCAUGAGUCCGAAAAGAAGAGUAGCUCAAACAGAAGCAUCCACCGUGCACACAUAUUGUAGUUUGCUGAGAUAUGCUGAAAUUGCAAGUAAUCCAUGUCAAGUGCCUAUAUAUUACACUUGGUCUUCGUCCAGUGUACAAAUCUGUCCAACUUUUCAGCAGUUAUUAUCAGUCUGACUGACCGGUGACAAACAGGUUUAUCUGUGCGACAAUGACAUGCUGCACAAGUUAUAUGGAUAAGGAGGUAAAAACACAUGUUGAGUACAUGAAGAAACCCCAGCCUGCCUGGAGCCAGCCAAGAUGAGAGAGAUCAGUAUACCGGCGGCGGAUGGGCAUACACUGGAGGGGGUGGCGGUGGCGGAGAUGGUGGCGCGAUGCACCCCUGGGCGUCGCAGUGCACCUUCGGCCGGUGCAGGAACGAGAUGCACUCCUCGCCGGGCCGCUGGUCGGGGCGCCCAGCGAUGCAGUUCUGGCUGUCGUCGAUGUGCGGCACCUCGAGGCACCGGUGCGGCUCGCCGCAGAAGAAGUUGUGGGAGUAGGUGAAGUUCUUGAGGUGCGGCAGCUCGCAGAUGCUCUCCGGUAUCUCGCCGGCGAGCUGGUUGUGCGCGACGUCGAGCUGCUCCAGCGCGCGCAUGUUGCCGAUGGUGUCCGGCAGCGUGCCGGCGAUGCUGUUGAAGCUGAGGUCGAGCACGGUGAGCUUGUCCAGCUUGCCGAUCUCAGGCGGGAUGCAGGAGGAGAUGCCGCUGUUGAGGAGGAUGAGCUCGUUGAGCGUCCCGGCCAUGUCGCCGAUGCUGCUCGGCAGGCAGCCACCCAACCGCGGGAGGUUCGCCAGCACGAUGACUGACGCCGUCGAGUUGGUGAAGCUCUCCGGCAGUGUGAACUCGAAGUGGUUGUUAUUGAUAAAAAGCGCGUCGAUCUUCUUCUCGAAGAUCGCCGCCGGCACCUCGCCGCAGAAGUUGUUAAACCUUCACACACAGAGACAUGCGCAACAUACAUAAGGUGCACUCAUGAAAAGCUUCGCAGGCUCAGGUGUAUUUGCAUACACAUCUACUGAUCUACAAGGGUGCUUACCUGAUGUCGACGUACUGGACGUUGGGGAGGCAGAGGAGCUGCGACGGGAAGGGGCCGGAGAGCUGGUUGUUGCUGACGUCGAUCUCGUGGAGGAGGUGGAGGGAGCGGAGGGACUCGGGGAGGGAGCCGGAGAAGCGGUUGGAGUUGAGGUGGAAGACGGCGAGGUCGGACAGGAGCCCCAGCUCUUCGGGGAGCGUGCCGGCGAGGUCGCCGUGGUUGAGGUCCACGCCGGCCACCGUGCGCUGGCACGAGUCGUCGGGCGCCGGUGCGCAGUACACGCCGAAGUAGUUGCACACGUCGGGCCCGCACCAGUUCUUGGUCAGCUUCUUGGGGUCGUCCGUGAUGGCGCGCUUCAGCGCCUGCAGCGCGACGUACGCCUUCUCCAGCCGGGAGUUGUUCGUGGCCGCCGCAGGCGGGGACGGCGGAGGCAUGCUCGGUGCCGGCUGGGCCGAGGCCAGCAGCGGCCAGGCGACCGCGACCACCAAGAACGCCGCCGCCACCGUCGAGCUCAUCCUCGUCAUGGCCGGGCCGCGCUUUCCUGCAUGCAACGGCUGCAGGUCGAGACCUUCACAUCACACCCCGGCACAGAACCGUUUGCAUCAGAUUCUGACGUGACCUGCUGCUUGCUGCUGUUGCUCAUCGGAGCAGCACAAUCUGGUGGCACGUCAGGCACUAUUUGGAAAGCAACAAUGCCGCUGCAGCCUCAGAUGAACAGUACCAUAUCCUAUAAAUUUCUCCUAUAGGAAAUUAUUCCUCAAAAAUCUCGUGCUUCAUUCGCGACAUGCCCCUUAUAUGUUUCAGGCAAUUUGUUCGCAUUUCUUGGUCAAAUGUUUGCUAGUCCUUGCAGCUGAUGGAGAUGGCUGUUCUGAUUUCCAGAUAGUUAUCAUUCCUGCUAUGCAUGCAUGCAUGCUAAGAGUAUUUUAUUUUAAUUGCUAUACACGAUCACUUCAUCUAGUUGCUCCAUUUUUUAAUUGCGUGUGACGUCUUUAGCCGAUCUCCCUGCGUCGGCUGCUUGUGUUGACCAAAUAAUAUGGCAUUAUGCUUCUGAAUUAUGCAAUGGAUCUAUGCCACUAUCAUUGGAGAUGA